UACAUAAACGCUGAAGGGCAGAGAACAACCACACCAGGAAAUGCAGCAGCUAAUGCGUGUGCAGAGAAGCUUUCACUUUCUAUUUCCAACAAACGACCUGUCUUCCAAACGGUUCUACUUCUGCAGAACAACUAAAGACUGAGCAAGGGCUGCCAGCAGGCUAUAACACAGGAGAUCGCGCCCAACUUUCUAGUGUGAAGGCGAGAUAUAGGAAGAAGAGAUGGUGAGGACAGCCCGGGACGCCCUGGUGACCGCCCUGGAAAACCUGGACAAGAAAGGACUGAAGAAGUUCAGGAACAAGCUGAAUGACUGGCCAAUCAAAGAGGGAUUUAACAAGAUCCCAAGAGGCCAGCUGGAGGACACCGACCCUGAUGACGUUGCUAAUCUGAUCAAGAAAUUCUACACAGAUACCUAUGGAAUCCAGGUGGCCUUGGCUGUUCUAGAAGCUAUAGAUGAGAAGGAUGUGGCUGCAGAUUUCCGCUCAGACCUGAGAAAUGUUGCUGGUUUUGAAUUUGAAGUGGAGCCCAAGGGAACUGAUCAAGAAGCGACACCUAAAGCUACUCCUCCUCUCCCUGAACCCACCAGAGAGCACUUUGUGAUUGAACACCGGGGGGCUCUCAUAAGCCGGAUGUCCCUGGUGAGUCCGCUCCUAGACACACUUCUGCAGAGGAAACUGCUGACAGAUGAACAAUACGACGCUGUCCUCAGUAAGCCAACUAAUCAGGACAAGAUGCGAGAGCUCUACAACCAUGCCAGAUCCUGGGGGGACACCGACAAGGACAUCUUCUAUGAAGCCCUGAAGAAACAUAACGCUCCUCUCAUCCGGGACCUGGAAAGGUCCUAAAGCUUUCCCCGAGUAAUAGUAAUGCAGCUACAGCGUUACCUCCUGAGACCAGCGUCCUGUAUCUGCAGAGAUGUGCGGAGUGUCCCAUCACACUGUACAUUGGUGCCCUCUGCGUCAUACACAGACACAGCAUCCGUCCAGAGAUUCAUUCAUGUCCUCGAUGUUUAUCUUUUUUUUUUUCAAAUCUGAUAAGUAACUCUCUUAACCGGUGCUCUAAUGGCUGAUACCACACAGCACAUUCCCUCCUACGUGUCAUUAUACCUUGAAAUGCUCUAAUGGCUGAUACCACACAGCACAUUCCCUCCUACGUGUCAUUAUACCUUGAAAUGCUCUAAUGGCUGAUACAGGUUGAGUAUCCCAUAUCCAAAUAUUCCGAAAUACGGAAUAUUCCGAAAUACGGACUUUUUUGAGUGAGACUGAGAUAGUGAAACCUUUGUUUUUUGAUGGCUCAGUGUACACAAACUUUGUUUAAUACUCAAAGUUAUUAAAAAUAUUGUAUUAAAUGACCUUCAGGCUGUGUGUAUAAGGUGUAUAUGAAACAUAAAUGAAUUGUGUGAAUGUACACACACUUUGUUUAAUGCACAAAGUUAUAAAAACUAUUGGCUAAAAUGACCUUCAGGCUGUGUGUAUAAGGUGUAUAUGAAACAUAAAUGCAUUCUGUGCUUAGAUUUAGGUCCCAUCACCAUGAUAUCUCGUUAUGGUAUGCAAUUAUUCCAAAAUACGGAAAAAUCCGAUAUCCAAAAUACCUUUGGUCCCAAGCAUUUUGGAUAAGGGAUACUCAACCUGUACCACACAGCACAUUCCGUCCUACGUGUCAUUCUACCUUGAAAUGCUCUAAUGGCCGAUACCACACAGCACAUUCCUCCUACGUGUCAUUCUACCUGGAAAUGCUCUAAUGGCUGAUACCACACAGCACAUUCCCUCCUACGUGUCAUUCUACCUUGAAAUGCUCUAAUGGCCGAUACCACACAGCACAUCCCUCCUACAUGCCAUUCCACCUUGAAAUGCUCUAAUGGCCGAUAUCACACAGCACAUUCCUCCUACAUGUCAUUCUACCUGGAAAUGCUCUAAUGACCGAUAUCACACAGCACAUUCCCUCCUAUGUGUCAUUCUACCUGGAAAUGCUCUAAUGGCUGAUACCACACAGCCCAUUCCUCCUACGUGUCAUUCUACCUGGAAAUGCUGUAAUGGCUGAUACCACACAGCACAUUCCUCCUACGUGUCAUUCUACCUGGAAAUGCUCUAAUGGCUGAUACCACACAGCACAUUCCUCCUACGUGUCAUUCUACCUGGAAAUGCUCUAAUGGCUGAUACCACACAGCACAUUCCUCCUACAUGUCAUUCUACCUGGAAAUGCUCUAAUAGCCGAUAUCACACAGCACAUUCCUCCUACAUGUCAUUACAUCUGGAAAUGCUCUAAUGGCUGAUACCACACAGCACAUUCCUCCUACGUGUCAUUCUACCUGGAAAUGCUCUAAUGGCUGAUACCACACAGCACAUUCCUCCUACAUGUCAUUCUACCUGGAAAUGCUCUAAUGGCCGAUAUCACACAGCACAUUCCUCCUACGUGUCAUUCCACAUGGAAAUACUCUAAUAGCCCAUAUCACACUGCACAUUCUCUCCUACGUGUCAUUCUACCUGGAAAUGCUCUAAUGGCUGAUACCACACAGCACAUUCCCUCCUACGUGUCAGUCCACAUGGAAAUGCUCUAAUAGCCGAUAUCACACUGCACAUCUGAUAUCAUUAUUUCACCUCUAUACAUUGUUAUCGAAUGUGAAUAAGAUGGCAGCAAAAGCUGGGACCUUACCUCAAACACCCCAUAAUACUCAGAGAAUCAUUUCCUCAGGGAAAUGUGUAGAUUUUCUUUAUUGGCAGGAUUUUAACAUAAUUCCACACAAUGUGAACGUGUAUCUGUUAUAGCAGCGUGGAAUAUCAUUUAUUGUGUUUACACAGUUUUCAAGAAAUGGAAAAUAAAAGUAUCAGAAUACUGAGGAAUAA